CGUGGCUCAUAUACCGUACUUCCCCACUCCCUCCGGCGAAUCACACUAUCUGUCUUUCCUCUUCGCAACACUCCCGUUCCUUCCGGAUGUACAGGAACGUCAAGGACUUCGUCAAGGCACGCUACCGGGUCGCCAUGGCGCUGUUGUCCGUUCAGCAACACGUUUUCGGCUAGCAUCAUUGUUCGAGGACGUCGCUCGAGUGCGCCCAGGAGAGGUGUUCGAAGGAAAUCAGUUCGAUGCAAGACAAGCGUCGAGAGGCUUGGAGUUCCCGUUCAAGUUAUCAGGCAUGCGAUCUACAACAUCGGCAUCGGAGCAAGGACGAUGGGAUUAUGGGCUAUCAGAUGAUGCUUCUGAAAGCGUCGAGAUCGAGCCUAACAGUGCAAGUAGCGACGAGGGCGACGAGAGCCUGAGCCAAGAAGGCGAUAACGACAAUGACAACGACAACGACAACGACAACAACGACAACGACACGCACUCGUCAUGGACAGUUCCGAGUACGAGGAUAACAUUCGUCUUCUCAAGGAAGGUUGGAGCGAUAAGGUUUCUGAGCUUCGUCUCGAGCAUUGCAGAGACCCACACCCAGACACCGACGUCGCGCUCUCUCUCUUUCCAGAACACUCGCCUACAAGUCGGCCCAGAGCCAAGAGCCUGUUAACGCCGCGGUGGGCAAAUAUAACGGGAGCUUCUCUAGCUGUACCUCGCGCUCCCAUGCGAAGGAGUCAUAUUGAGGAGCGUGAAUCAAAGUUUGGGGACAGGCUGUUCAGGUCCCUCUACAGUUUGACUGAAGUAUCUGACCGCGAGGGUGAUUGCUGGCUACCUAUUGCCCGGCGUAUCCUGAAACUCCUCCGCAACGAUUACAUAAGCACCCCCAACAAGUAUGGCAUAGGGUCAAUCGCUGUUCCUUACGAGUACAUGACGGACUCUGGAAAUAUCGUCGGCAAGAACCCCAACACUCUACCAGGCUUGGACAUACUUUUCACCAGACUCACUUUACAAUGGCUACAGAGCAUGCAACGCGGAUGGCAGGCAAGCGAUUCGGCGUAUCGCUGGCUCACUGCGCAAGAUCCUGACACACUCCCCCUCUACGUCCCCCGUCUGUAUGUUCGUGGUGACACUACCCCAGAUCAAAAGACGAGCGUACUUGUCCUCUUCGAUCCAUAUAGCAACUCGACCCAGUUCUUUCGGGAGCUACCUGCAGAGUGUCUCAUCGGCCAUUUCAUCGCCCGGAUAUUAGGAGGCCCAUCCCCGUUGUGGAUGUCUAUAUCGCUCGGAAGACGGAUGGACGUACCGGAAAAUUCCUUUCCACUCUUUGUGUCGAUAAAAGACUCAACGUGCAUCUUGCAUCGCACAAUGGACACAUUUGUCGAGCAUCACUACAAAGCGCAAGGUUGGCGGAUGGACCGACAGCUCACGGACUUUGACUCAGAGAUCACGCUGGACGAGAACCUAUUCGUACUCAGCGUAUUCUACAAUAACUGCACCUUUCGGUCAUUUGUCAACUUUCCGAUUCUCGCAAAGGACACGGCAGGAAGGUUCCGAUGGACAUCCCACAACGUGGAGCUACAGGCCUUCGAUUUCGAGCAGCCGCUGGAGCUUCGUGAAAGGGCAGUGAUACUCUCGGCGAUGUUGACGAUAGAGCAGCAUAUGCAUAAUCUGAAGGGUAUUCUCGGGUUUCAAGAGAGGGCUCCUGGGAGAAUCGUGGACGAUUUCGCUCCUCAUCACGCGGCUGGUUUCGAGGGCUACUACACCCGCACUCUCCUAGAGGGUGGCGGAACUCUGGCGAUCAUAUUCUGCUGGGUCAAGCGGGCGAAGAGGCGGCCGAAUCUCGUCUGCGUCUCAUACACGCCUCCCGCAGGCCAGGAAGGCACUGGGUUCAUCCAUGAGUUCUAUCCGGAGCACCUGUCCAUCUCGGCUCAAGAUGGAGCGGCGGACCACCCUUCCCCCUUCACUGUCACCGCAGACGGUAUCGGGACGAUGAACGUCGGGCCCGAGUCUGUCGAUUACUCUAUCGAUGUCCCCGACACCAAGCUCUCCUUGAAACUCCACACCCUCAAUCGCAUCCCAUGGUGUGACCUCCAUCCUCUCCUAGGCCCCAUGGGCCCUCUCGCACCCCUCUCCCCCUACAUCCCCCUUAAUUGGCACGUCCAAACGAUCGCAAGCGACGCAUCUGUCACCCUCACGCACGACGGCCGUACACACGAGUUCACAGGCAAGACCCACUUCGAGAAGAACUGGGGCACGUCCUUCCCCAAGGGGUGGAUCUGGUGUCAGGCCUUCGGUCUGGGACAAGAACGAACGAAGUACCUGACGUUCGCGGGCGGGGAGGCCUUGCCCGGCGUGCAGGCUUUUCUGGUCGGGUACCGCUCGGCUCGGUUUCAGUGGGAUUUCCGGCCACCGUUCACCGCUGGGGUGGGUAUAUGUUCGCCGUUCAUGCACGUGCGGCACGAUAGCCGGGAGGGACUCGUCGAACUGGACGUCAAGACGCUCUUCCGGAGGCUGCGCAUCGUGGUCCGGGCGUCGCCGGACUCUUUUGUCGGCUUUCCUGCGCCAUUACGGGAGGGCCACGAGCCACGCUUCGCCUUCGAGAGCUUCAGGGCGACAGUGUGGACGGAGCUGUUUACGAGGACGUGGCCGUGGGCCGAGUGGACGCGCGUGGAAGCGGGGUCUCUGGGUGUCGCAGAGGAUGGGACGGCUUGCGGCGCGGUAGAGUUUGGCGGGAGGUUCUGCCACCGGGUCGAGCGAGAGAAGCUGAAGUGA